ACAGACGGCUGCUAUUCGGUACACCGAAAAAACUGCAGAGAAAUGUUGGCGCUAAGUACCGUCUUUAGCCUCCUCCUCCUAUGCUACCUUGUGGUGCAGUUUGUCAAACUGCAGAGAGAAGUAAGAAAAUUUCCACCUGGACCGGCUCCCAUACCAAUUAUCGGGAGUUUAUGGCAACUGAAGUUCUUCCGAUUAGACCGCAAGAUUGUGACCGAGAUGGCUAAAUCCUAUGGGAAUAUUUACACACUGUGGUUUGGACACACCCCUGUGGUUGUCUUAAAUGGAUUCCAAGCGGUGAAGGACGGACUCACCACCCGCCCAGAAGACGUCGCGGGCCGCCCACUGACCCCUUUCUUCCUUGCCGUUGCCAAUAACAAGGGGAUUAUGCUGGCCACUGGCCGCAUGUGGAAGCACCAGAGACGAUUUUCCUUGAUGACGCUGAAGAGCCUGGGCUUGGGGAAGACCAGCCUUGAGUACCAGAUCCAAGAGGAAGCCAGCCACCUCGUGGAGAGCUUUGCCAAGAGCGAAGGAGAGCCCAUGAAUCCGUCAUUCGCCCUCACGCUUGCCGUUUCGAACGUGGUCUGCGCCGUCGUCUUUGGGCAUCGCUUCUCCAAUGAUGACAAAACCUUCCUUCACCUGCUGGAAGCCAUGGAGUGUAUCUUCAAAUUUCUAGGGAGUCUCUAUAAUACUGUCUACGAUGUCCUCCCUUGGCUGAUGCGCCGUUUGCCAGGACCUCACAAGAAGGUUUUAGCAUGCUGCGAGGAGGUGUACUCCUUCCUAAGGAAGGAGAUCAGGAGCCAUGAGGGCAGAGGAGCUUCGGAUGAGCCGCAAGACUUCAUCGACUGUUACCUGGCUCAAAUCGAGAAGAGCAAAGAAGGGCCAAAGCCAGCCUAUGAUAUAGACAACUUAGUCCAAUGCAUCUUUGACCUGUUCUUGGGUGGCACAGAGACGUCCAGCACCACGCUCUACUGGGCAUUGCUGUAUAUGGCGGCAUAUCCGGAUGUCCAAGCCAAAGUCCAGAAGGAGAUCGAUGCCACCGUGGCCCCUGACCACAGAAUCUGCUACGAGGACCGCAAGAAUUUGCCCUACACGAAUGCUGUGAUUCACGAGGUCCAGCGCUUCAGCAACAUCGUCGCCAUCGGGGUUCCUCGCUAUGCCAUCAAAGACAUAAUGAUUCAACAGUUUCCCAUUAAAAAGGGCACUGUUGUACUCCCAAGCAUCGCUUCUGCCUUGCAUGACCCUAAUGAAUGGGAAACACCUCAACAGUUCAACCCAAGCCACUUCCUGGACAAAGAUGGGGAUUUCACCUGCCCAGAAGCCUUUGUUCCAUUUUCUAUAGGAAACCGGAUGUGCCUGGGAGAUAAUCUGGCAAGGACGGAGCUCUUCGUUUUCUUCUCCAACCUCCUGAAGGCCUUCUCUUUCCGUUUCCCAGACGGAGUGGAAGACAUAAACAUGGAACCCAUUUGGGGGGGCACGUUGCAGCCUCACUAUUUCGAGAUCUGCGCCGAACCUCGCUAAGCUUCAUGCGGCUGAGACGGAGGGGACUUGGGAAGCCCCGUGACGGCCGUGCAGUACAGAGAGUUCAAGCGUCUAAUUUCCUGCUGGAAGAGUCUUUGGAAUUGUGAGAAUCUCCGGUUUUGUCAGAAGGCAUCAUUCCGUUUCCUCGUGCCUCCUGAGGAAACACCUUAAUUCUUCUUUACAGUGUAUUUCCCAGGUUUAUUGUAGACUGCAAGUCUUAGGGGUGAGGGCCACAUCAUCCGAAGACUGGAAGAUGGCACCAGUGAGAGCCAGUUUGGUGUAGUGGUUAAGUGUGCGGACUCUUAUCUGGGAGAACCGGGUUUGAUUCCCCUACUCCUCCACUUGCACCUGCUGGAAUGGCCUUGGGUCAGCCAUAGCUCUGGCAGAGGUUGUCCUUGAAAGGGCAGCUGCUGGGAGAGCCCUCUCAGCCCCACCCACCUCACAGGGUGUCUGUUGUGGGGGAGGAAGAUAAAGGAGAUGGUGAGCCGCUCUGAGAGUCGGAGUGGAGGGCAGGAUAUAGAUCCAAUAUCUUCUUCUACUUCUUCUUCACCACAAAGCUCAGUUCUGUGAUGAUUCUGCUGCCACCUUAGGCAGCCAAAGAAUCCCUGUUGACCUACCAUCCUUGUUUGAGAUCAGUGGUCCUCAUGACUUCCAGAUUUAUGUUCGUGGCUGGAAAGGGGUGGGAAUAUCUCUGGGGUAAAAAGAGUACGCUCACCCUUUCCGUGCUGAGACCCAGUUGAGGUGGUAGACAAUAAAGAUAUACAAUGCCACUGAA